CUUCGAUCGGCUCUGGGGAAUACAAGUGUUGAACUUCCAGAUCCGGAAUGUGCACACUACGCAGCGCUCUAGCUCGACAAGACCACGGCCUCGAUGGCAGUUUUGAUAUGUUAGGUAUAAAUAAGAAGCCCUCGAGACCAGUUCAAACAUCGCAUUCCACUCACGAAGAACUAUCGCAUCAAAGCCAAUACCUCCGUCGAGAAUCAGCUCCUUUUGCUACCAAUCUUUGCACACCAAACUCAGACAAUCCGCUUCCACUACCAUGGCCGCUUCAUUGACUGUGCAAACCCUGCUGGAACGACAUGCGAAUGGCAUCCACCAGCACCAACCGAUUCCAACCUUCGCCGAAAUAGGGGCAGCGGGAAAGCUCCCUCACAUCGCCAUCGUCACCUGCGCCGACACGCGAUGCAACCCCGAGGACUUCCUGCACCUAAACACUGGCGAGGUCAUCAUCUUCCGCAAUCCAGGCGGAAGUACCAUGUCCGCGCUUCCAGGCCUCCUUGCCAUCGACAGCUUGGUGACGCUAGAAGACAUCAUCGUCGUCAAGCACACGGAUUGCGGCGCAACCAUCUUCCGAGACGACGCAAUCCGCGACACUAUCAAGCAGAGGGUGCCGAACCGUGCAGUGGAGGUGGAUGCAAUGACUUUUGGCAACAUCACCACGUCUCUCGAGGACAGUGUGAGGGAGAACCUCCGCUUUCUGAAGGGCUCUGACCUUGUCCGGAAGGAGCUGGCGGAUAGAUGUGUGGGAUUUGUGUUUGAUAUAAAGAACGGGGCGCUGACUCCGGUGGAGUGAGAGAGGAAAGUCAUCGAGUCUACAUCAGCAAUACUCUCCUAUCGUCUUCGUCAGCUGGCCAGGAGCUAAAAGAUCAGAGGUUCGAAGACACAUGGGACAGAAUUAAAAAGCUGAUUAUAGAGGCGACAGCACCACCAGUCCCAAAGUCUCGGAG